UCCCUCCGCCUUUCCAAGCCCACUACAACAACAAAUACACGGCUUGCACCCUCACCCUACAGCUCCAGCGACUUCUCACGCCUCGUCUCGCCUCGAGAGUGCGUCUCGCUCUACCUUCCCUGAGGCCGCCGGGCCGGAGACUCGUAUUUGCGCUGCCACCAUGUCGACGUCUAAUACUAUAAAAGUGGUGGCGCGAUUUCGCCCGCAGAACAAGAUUGAAAUCGCCAGCGGGGGAGAGCCUAUAGUAGAAUUCAAGGAGGAUGACACAUGUACAGUCCAGUCGAAAGAGGCCUCCGGGUCCUUCACCUUCGAUCGGGUGUUCGACAUGGCCUCGCGCCAGGCCGACGUGUUCGAUUACUCCAUCAAACCGACUGUCGACGAUAUUCUGAAUGGUUACAAUGGUACUGUGUUCGCUUAUGGUCAGACCGGUGCCGGAAAGUCCUACACAAUGAUGGGAACAGACAUCGACGACGAUGUGGGCAAGGGUGUCAUCCCCCGUAUCGUCGAACAGAUUUUUGCGAGUAUCAUGGCCUCUCCGAGCUCCAUCGAGUACACCGUGCGAGUCAGCUACAUGGAAAUUUACAUGGAACGCAUUCGAGAUCUUUUGGUCCCGCAGAACGACAACCUGCCUGUACACGAGGAAAAAAACAAGGGUGUCUACGUGAAGGGUUUGCUCGAGGUAUACGUGGCGUCUGUGGAAGAGGUUUACGAGGUCAUGAGAAGAGGUGGAAGCGCGAGAGCGGUUUCAGCAACCAACAUGAACGCUGAAUCUUCGCGGUCACACUCCAUCUUCGUCAUCACCGUCACACAAAAGAACGUCGAAACAGGUUCCAUGAAAAGCGGUCAGCUAUUUUUGGUCGAUUUGGCAGGUUCGGAAAAAGUGGGAAAGACGGGAGCAAGUGGCCAGACGCUGGAGGAAGCGAAAAAGAUCAACAAGAGUUUGAGUGCCCUCGGCAUGGUCAUUAACGCUCUUACGGAUUCCAAAAUCUCCCACGUUCCCUAUCGCGACUCAAAACUUACGCGAAUCUUGCAAGAAUCUUUGGGUGGAAAUUCCCGGACAACGCUGAUUAUCAAUUGCUCGCCCAGUAGUUACAACGAUGUCGAAACGGUAUCUACUCUGCGAUUCGGUAUGCGCGCAAAGGCAAUCAAGAAUAAGGCCAAGGUCAACGCCGAACUCAGCCCCGCGGAGCUCAAAGCUAUGCUCAAGAAGGCUCAAGGACAGGUUACCUCAUUUGAGUCGUACAUCUCGAAUCUGGAGGGCGAGGUGGCUCUCUGGCGUAGUGGUGACAGCGUACCCAAAGAUCGGUGGACACCGGCAUUGGAUGCAGGCACAAGCGCUGGCAGGAAGGCUCCCACAACUCCCCGUGCACAAACCCCGUCAAGAUUAGAAGCCACCAAGGGCGCAGACACUCCAUCCAGACCAGAUUCGAGGGCAGAUCUUGAGCGAGCAGGAACACCCAGCAUUCCUCUGGACAAAGAUGAAAAGGAUGAGUUUUUGCGGAGGGAGAACGAACUUCAGGAUCAAGUUGCGGAGAGGGAGAGCCAGCUCACGAAAAUCGAAGAUCAAUUAAAGACGACCAAGGAGGAACUGCAAUACUUCAAGGAGCGCGACUCAAAGUCGAAUAAAGAUAAUGAACGCAUGACGACAGAACUCAACGAACUGAAGAUGCAGAUUGAAAAGAUCAACUUUGAGAGCAAGGAGGCAUUCAUCACCAUGGACGGAUUGAAGGAAGCCAACUCGGAACUCACUGUCGAACUCGACGAUGUGAAGCAGCAGUUGCUGGAUGCGCGAAUGAACGCAAAGGAGACUAGCGCGGCUUUGGACGAAAAGAAGAAGAAGAAGGCAGAGGCCAUGGCUCAGAUGAUGGCCGGCUUCGACUUGGGCGGCGAGGUCUUCAGCGACAACGAACGUUCAAUUCGCAACAUCAUCGAAGAAUUGGGCACGCUUCACGAGAUGAGCUUGUCGGGAGAAGCCGUCGCCCCAGACGCGUUACAGGAGCUCCGCGAGAAACUCCAGGAGACACAGGGUAUUGUUCGUCAAGCCGAGCUGUCCCUGACUGCCCGAAACGAAGAAGACAAUGUGCACAACCGCCGCCGAGAGGCCUUGGAAACACGUAUAUCCGAGCUUCAACGGCAAUACGAGGAACUGCUCGAGCGCAACUUGUCGCCUUCAGACAUUGAGGAAGUCAAGGCCUCGCUAAAGGAAGCCUACGGCGAUCGACAAGAAGGCGAGAUCGAACUUGCUGAAGGUCUCAAGCAAGAUCUCGCUCGCAAGUCGGAGGAGAACCAGAAACUCAAGACUGAGAUUGAGGGUCUGCAACAGCGCAUCAAGAGUGGCGCUAUUGCGAAUGGUGCGGCCAACGGCAUCAACGGCAAGACUGUGCAGCAGCAGAUCAGCGAGUUCGACAACAUGAAAAAGAGCUUGAUGAGAGAUUUGCAAAACCGUUGUGAACGGGUCGUCGAACUGGAAAUAUCUCUAGACGAGACGCGUGAACAGUACAAUAACGUACUCCGCACAUCCAACAACCGAGCCCAGCAAAAAAAGAUGAUGUUCCUGGAACGCAACCUCGAGCAGCUCACUGUAGUUCAACGACAACUUGUCGAACAGAACUCAAGCCUCAAGAAGGAAGUCGCCAUUGCCGAACGCAAAUUGAUUGCACGCAACGAGCGCAUCCAGAGUCUCGAGCAGCUAUUGCAAGACAGCCAAGAGAAACUGACAGCAGCGAAUCAUCGAUUCGAAGCCCAACUCACAGCUGUAAAAGAGCGUCUCGAGCUCGCAAAGCAAGGUUCCACACGCGGUCUCGGCUCGCCCACAUCAGGUGGCGCCUCCUUCGCCUUCGGCAACACAGUCGGCUCACGCAUCGCCAAACCCCUCCGCGGCGGCCAGGCCCAAGACGCUGCCACGCUACCAGUACUAAGCAGUCUCCAGCAACAAGAGGCCGGUCAGCAACAGAGCGGCAAGCGCACCAGCUGGUUCUUCAACCAACGGUAG